AUGGAUGUUUCACAUUGUGGCGCUUGGUUGUCACUGUAUGCGGCACAUCACAUUCGACUCGGUCACAUGGAGAAGUCUAGGCGUACUACAUCGGUGGCUGCGGAAAGUAAAUCUGAUCCCAAGCGACAACCACCCGAAUUUCUGUUAAUGAUUGAUAAACCUUACCGGGGCGAGAGAAGUGCCUACGCUGCAGAUGGGAGAAUCGGUGACGACCCUAACAGAAGGGCUAAAAAUGACCGUAAGAUAUUCAUGCUGGUGCUAACAGCAGGCGAGACAACCCUUGCGACUGUUGUCGCUGCAGCCUAUGGCUGUUGGCUCCUCAUCAACUUAGGUUCGGCUGUGCAAACCUGGCGCUCAUUUCGAUCCACUGUCGCAAUUGUCUUUCUUCUCCAAAUGUACAUCAGUCUUGCAAUAGAGCUGUUCUUUUUAAUUUUGUUCUUCGGAAGCCGCGACAAAUUCAUCAGAAGCACGCUUACCUUGACUGUGGGACAACUGUUGGGCAAGUACAACACCUCUGAAGAUGCAGCUUCUUUUAGUGAUUGGAUUAACGAAACUUUUGAAUGCUGUGGCUUGACUCAAUGGCACUACGAGUGGUGGAUGGACGAUAGGGGGUGGAUCUUGCCAAAUUUGAACACUUCUUACGGCUGGGUUCCACAGAGCUGCUGUAUUCGUACAGCUUAUUACAAAAACUGCGGGCUUGCAAGGCCGCGAAUGAGGCAGAGGGCCUUGGAUGUAAGCAAGUCGGAUAGCGAUGCCGCGGAAUAUGCUGAAGAAGUGGAAGCACUUUUCGAAUCGGGCUCUUUUGCAGCAACGGAUUGGUAUGGGAGGCUUAAUAAUGAACCCUGUCCAGACAUGAUUAUUGAUUAUGUUGCUAUUCUGCGCGGUGCAAGUUCGAAACGAUUUGAUUUGAAGGAACUCCUUCCGCCAAGUUGUUUUGACGUUGAUGGUAGGAUUCUCAAACCUCAACUGCGCGAAAUGCUUGCGCGAAUGCGUAAUGUUAACCAAUGUCCUCCGAUGACAAUUGAUCCUGUUUCUCAACCGCUGCUGAGGAAUGAAAGACCGGUAGAUAGUAAAUUGUCAGAAAUCUGCAAGGCAAAAGAUGCGCAACCAGCGGUAGAAGAAUGCAUACCUUUCAUUGAACUUCACUAUAAGGAUCAAAUGAAUCUCUUGCGUCAACGAAGACCAUGCUUUCGAAAUCCAAUCGAGCAGUUACAAUACAUAUUUGAUGAGCCUCGCAUGGCGUUAGGCCUAGUAUUCCAAUGUGCUGAUUCAGAGUGCCGAGGUUACAUAUCCAUUAUGCAUUUGCUCGCAAUAUUUCGAGAUAUUGGACUAAAAGUUGAUCUUGAAGAGGUGAAGCGCUAUGCGAAACGACAGGGACUCUUUGUUGACAGUGACAGAGACCUCUGCGGUUCCAAUGAGAAAGAUGUAGCCUAUAAACAAUUGCUUCGACGGCUGGAAUGCGUUCCUCCACCUAGAACUCCUGAUGAUAUGUGCAAGAAUCCGCCUUACAGGGCUCCUAAAGCUGGCGAUAUGGUACAUGAUCCUGAGCUCAAAUCCCUCGUCCAAUUUUCCGGUGAACCGCGUGGGCUCAGCCAUCUCCUACUAGCCAUUCAGAAGCUAAUCAACGAAAAGUUCGCUGUCAUUGACAAGAUUUACAAGCACUUCGACCACGUCGGCCAUGCCACAAUCGACAAGCACGACUUUGGUGUCAUCAUGAAGAAAGUCGGUCUGGAGAUGUGUGAGGUCGAGUUGGACUCAGUCUGGCGACUGGUGAAUGAAGCUGAGCCGUCUGCUAAUGGACUUCAUAAAUACCAUCAAGUAAUGCGCUUUUUUCUUGAAACUGGAAACAUCCGCCAUCAUUUGGCCACCGCCGAGCGGAACAAAAGACUCCACGAUUCCAAUUUGUUGAAGAUGAAGGACUUCCGUCAGUGCCAGAACGACUUCAAAAAACGGUACAUCGAUGAUACGUUGGCACUGGGAAAGACUGCAUCGGAGAUAAAGUACAUGGAGAGGCAAAAGACGAAGCCUUCCGAAGAAAGAGUAAAUGAACUGUGCAAGAAAAUUCGGUCCUUCGUGAUCACCAUUUGGACGGAUCUUAGAAAUGGAUUCCUCUGGCAAGAUCCCUUCGGCUGGGGGUCUAUGCUUCGUAAAGACUUUAGGAAAGUCUGCGAGGCCUUCUCUUUUCCAUUGGAUUCAAAUGAGUUGUACGAAUUGGCUCACGGAUUGGACAAACAUAACAACGGACAUGUUAAUUAUGUGGAUUUCCUUUCUCGCUUUUCUGAGGGUCAUAUUCCACCAAAGGUUGGCCAAAAGUUCGACAUUGUGCAUCACAAACUCAAAAACCUUAAAGAUGGAUCGGAAACCGGAGUUAGGGAGGUCAUGGACCGGAUUCGUCGGAUAUGUCUUCGUGAGUACAAAACGUUGCUGGCGGGUUUCCGGGCCAUAGCUAGCCCUACACACCCCAAUUUUUUCAAUGAAAAGGAUCUUGGUGAUUUUCUGCGAAAGCACGGGAUGGACUUCUCCCCCGACUGUCUCUACCACCUCCGCACAGCAUACGACCAGCACCGACGCGGAUGCAUCAACUACACAGACUUCCUCCAGCAGACCAUGGAUGUCACUCGACCACUCGAAUGA